AUGAGAUCGGAUUCGCUGAACUUGAAACAGCUCCACCUUCUUAUUCUUGAUUGUGAGAACGGACUAGAAGUCGACCGAAAGACGGUGGAACUUCGCAACCCGGUAGUCAGCGGAGGUGUUUAUAUAACUAGCCCCGAUGGCAAAUACCUGGUUGUAUCUUACAACAGGUGGCUUUGGGUUUACCAACCGGAAAAAGAUUUCAUUCAAGAGGUUGAAAUGAUCUGGCUGAGAGGCACUCCUAGCUCUAUAGAGUUCAGAGGGGCCCAGCUUCACAUUACGGAACGGGAGAUUAUCGCGACGGAGUUCUUGGUUUUCGAGCUCGAUUGCGACGAUAACUUCAAGCUAGUACGCAUCCGAAAUUACUGUUUCAUGAAGUCCAGACAGUCGAUAUCUUUCGUCUUGGACCAUUCCCCAUCUCAAGGUAGAUCCAUUGAGAUCUCUUUAAACCUAUGGGAUGAAUUCGUGGAGACCACGAAUUUUGUCUCACCACCAGAUCUCCUAUGGGAACUCACCUCUGAGCCAACUAUUCUAUCGUCAAUAAAGGCGUGGGCCAUGAAAACCCUACCAAACCCCGUACCUCCUAGAACAUCGGGAGACAUCUUACCAAGAGUCAUGAACGCGAUAGCUCAGUCAACGACCGCUACUAUCAUCUCAUUUCUCGAGCGACUUCCCGAUCCCCCCGAAAGCCCAAGAAAUAUUAUGCAAAAUUUAUUUGUGAGGAAAUACCCGCACCUCAUUGAAUUUGCCACAAUUCCACGACUGUAUCUAAUAGAGGAGGAGUUGAAGGUCAGGAAAAACAAUAGUACAAUGCGUAUUCCUGAAGAUUGUUGCAGCAGGGAUAGAUGGAGAAUAUAUAGGGAUUGCGGAGGCGUCGUAAUUGCUGAUAGCAACCCAAAUAUUGAUGAGGAAUACUCAGAAAUGGCGGCACUUUUUGCUUCUUGCUUUACCCCAAAGUAG